GUUCUCCAAGCACACGCAGAUUCUGUCCAAAAUGCGCUACACCACUCUCCUUACCACCCUCUUGGCUGUGGCCACUGCCACCCCGGUGCUUGUCCCGGACGUGACUUCUAUCGAUGAAGCCAGCAGAGCCGAGAUCAACGCCGCCUGCAAGAACAUUGACAAGUACUGGGAAUGUGUCGACGUCGGCUGCGCGCCCAUCGUCCCGGUGUGCAUCGCCCCAGUCACCUGCUCCAUUAUCUGGUGCUGAGCAGUGAGGAGACACAGAGGUCGGAUAGGGAGUUCUGGUGGGCUCUGACGAGUUUACAAAGCACCCAGAACGCCAGGGUCGAUGGAUACGUUGUGAGGCGUCAAUCCAGCUGUCAAGACCUCGAACGUGUUUGUCUGAAAUGAGCGGGUCAAUAUAUUCUGGGUGCAAGUUGAAGCAGUAAAAGGCUUGUGGGUUCUUUCUUUUAACUUUAGGAUAGCCUUUCAACAAGGUUAAGCUCUAAUAUGCGUGAUAUGACAGCG